UGCGAAAGAUGACAUCUCAAGUCGUCUUUACGUGUGCUUUUGUCCCAUUUUUAUUUCUUUGCGUUGUAGGAAAUGAUUUAGCAAGAGGUUGGGGUGACGGUAUAGACUGGAUGACUUUUGAAGAUGGAUUAAAAGCAGCAAAGGAACAGAACAAGCCACUGAUGUUGAUCAUACACAAGACGUGGUGUGGAGCGUGUAAAGCCCUAAUGCCUCAGUUUGCUGAAUCUAAGGAAAUAGAAGAACUUAGUAAAAACUUCAUCAUGGUCCACACAGAGGAUGAUGAGGAACCUAAAGGGGAGCAGUAUUUACCAGACGGCGGUUAUAUACCACGGAUAUUAUUCUUAGAUCCUGAGGGAAACGUUAGGAAAGACUUUUACAAUGUAGGCGGCCAUGAUGAAUAUAAAUACUACUACUACUCUCCAGACCUCAUUGUGCCCACUAUGAAGCGAGUUAUGGAGAAUAUUCACAGUCCCCCAGUGGAGGAGAAGACCUCCACCAUGUCUGACGAGUUGUGACAGAUUGCCCUCGGACUUGCAGCUCUUGGGAUAUUCUUUCUUUUAUAUUUUUUAUUCACUCUACACAAAAAAUAUGCAAUUAGCUAUUAGUGUAACUUCUUACACACUGUGAUCUCAGUUUACUCAUCAGGAUGUAAGCGAUGAAGGGUGGAUCUUAAGUAUUUUUUUGUGUGUGCUUGUUUAUUUUUAUUCCUGGAAGUAACAGGGUUGAUUUUGCAUUUAUAAUUUGGUUACUCCCUCACUCAAAUUGUACAGAUAACGAUUUGCAUGGAUUUAAAGCUUUAAGAACAUAUCUGAGACAUUAAUAUUGUUUGUUUUACAUGUAUUUAUCGUAGGCAUCUUUUUCUCUAUACUUAAUUCAAGUGCCAUUCCAUGUGAAUAUGUACAUGUUUGCUUUACAUCAUUAGAUUAUGGGUUAGUAUGUCUGGGUGAGUUGAUGUACUUAGGGGUUUUGAAAUUUUUUUUCUGAAGUCUGAACUAUUAUCGUAAUGUAGUGCUGGAAAUGAACAAAUCUUACAUUAAAUUUUAUGAAAGAUACA